CGAGCCGCCGCGGCCGCCCCGGUUGCCUCCCUUAGCCACGCGCGCUCCCGACUCGGCUCCUCAGGAGGGAGCGGCCAGUGGGCCCGCAUCCUGUCAGCGAGGUUCGAGGCCGGGCUUCCGUGGCCGCCUCCUCCUGGUACCUGGGCCGCCCGGAGGAGCCGGGGCCGGAGCACCGUGGGCUGACUGACCCGGGGAGCUGACACCGCUGGACACGAAGGCGGAGGCGCACGUCUGGCAGUCGCCUGGAGCCGAGAGGAGGCCGAGGGGACCAUGUCCGGGAGGAACCUCCACCUCUCCACCACCGAACGCGUCAUCAAAGCUGUUCCCUUUCCUCCAACCCAACGGCUUACUUUGAAGGAAGUAUUUGAGAAUGGGAAACCUAAAAUUGAUGUUUUGAAAAACCAUUUGGUGAAGGAAGGGCGACUGGAAGAGGAAGUAGCCUUAAAGAUAAUCAAUGAUGGGGCUGCCAUCCUGAGACAAGAGAAGACCAUGAUAGAAGUAGAUGCUCCAAUCACAGUGUGUGGUGACAUUCAUGGACAAUUCUUUGACUUGAUGAAGUUGUUUGAAGUUGGAGGAUCACCUAGUAACACACGCUACCUCUUUCUGGGUGACUAUGUGGACAGAGGCUAUUUCAGUAUAGAGUGUGUGCUGUUUUUAUGGAGUUUAAAGAUUAAUCAUCCCAAAACAGUGUUUCUGCUUCGAGGAAAUCAUGAAUGCAGACAUCUUACAGAAUAUUUCACCUUCAAACAGGAGUGUCGAAUCAAAUAUUCUGAACAGGUGUAUGAUGCGUGUAUGGAGACAUUUGACUGUCUUCCUCUUGCUGCCCUCUUAAACCAGCAGUUUCUGUGUGUACAUGGAGGGAUGUCACCUGAAAUUACUAGUUUAGAUGACAUUAAGAAAUUAGACAGGUUUAAAGAACCUCCAGCCUUUGGGCCAGUGUGUGACCUGCUUUGGUCUGAUCCUUCAGAGGAUUAUGGUAAUGAAAAGACCUUGGAGCACUAUACCCACAACACUGUCCGAGGGUGCUCUUAUUUUUACAGUUACCCUGCAGUUUGUGAAUUUUUGCAGAACAAUAAUUUGUUAUCAAUAAUCAGAGCCCACGAAGCCCAGGAUGCUGGGUAUCGAAUGUACAGGAAGAGCCAAACAACAGGCUUUCCAUCACUUAUUACAAUUUUCUCUGCCCCCAAUUACCUAGAUGUCUAUAAUAAUAAAGCUGCUGUGCUAAAAUAUGAAAACAAUGUCAUGAAUAUCAGGCAGUUUAACUGUUCUCCACACCCCUACUGGCUUCCAAACUUUAUGGACGUUUUCACAUGGUCUUUGCCAUUUGUUGGGGAAAAAGUCACAGAGAUGCUGGUUAACAUUCUCAACAUAUGCUCUGAUGAUGAAUUGAUUUCUGAUGAUGAAAUUGAAGGAGGCACUACAGUUCGAAAGGAGAUCAUCAAGAAUAAAAUCAGAGCCAUUGGGAAGAUGGCACGGGUCUUUUCAAUUCUGCGGGAAGAGAGUGAGAGUGUGCUGACUCUCAAGGGCCUGACUCCAACAGGGACACUCCCUCUAGGUGUCCUCUCAGGAGGAAAGCAGACUAUUGAGACAGCCACAGUAGAAGCGGUAGAGGCCCGGGAAGCCAUCAGAGGGUUUUCGCUUCAGCACAGGAUCCGGAGUUUUGAAGAAGCCCGAGGUCUGGACCGAAUUAACGAACGGAUGCCACCCCGAAAAGACAGCCAGUACCCCGAUGGGCCAGUGAAAUUUGUGGCCCCUGCACAACCCAACACUGCGCACAGGAGCGACAGGGGGAGAAGAGCCAGUAAUGAUGCAGAGCCCUGCUGUGGCACAGGUGGAUCCAAAACUUAAGAACAAAUUUUAUUUAUUUAUUAUUGGAAAACAAAACAAAAACAACUUUAACAACUUAAACCUGGAGGUGCAUUCAUAAUUCAGUCUGCAUUUAUGCUGUAAGAAAGGUGACCAUUUUAUAAAUUGUUUUUAAUUUAUGUUUAAUAUAUAUAAAAAGUGCAUCUGUUUUGUUUUUCCCUUUUUUUUUUUUCCUAAUUUUUAGGAACUGAUCUGAUUGUCUGAUACAUAUGUGAAGUCUUGUGCUACAAAGGGGACCUUCCCCUAAUAAAAGGGCCUUGGAAACCUCCACCCUGGGUUUCUGACUUGAACUA